AUGCGCGGGCUCUUGCCCUGGCGCCAGCGCAUGAAGGUGAGCACGGGCGACGUGUGGGCACCGCGCACGAAGCGCGUGAGCUUGGCGUCGCGGACCGCCUUGUCGGCGUCCGACAGCGUCUUUAACAUCCCGGCCGACUAUGUCGUGCCCGAUGUGCCGACGACACCGACGCUGCUUCGGGGUUUUCGCUUGGGCGCCGCAUACGCGCAGCUGCACCAACAAAGCACCAUGAGCCCAAGCCGCAGACAACGCUUCGAAAUGAACUUUGGCAUCACGUUCACCGCCCCCGACACAGAUCUCUGA